AGCGACUCUGACCACUGCCGCCGUGCGCGCCACAUGCCCGAGUGUGUGUGUGUGAGUGUGUUUGUGUGUGAAGCAACCACUAGUCGCCCCCAGUGCUCUUCAGUCUCCACUCUCCCUUCUCACCGCAGACUGAACGUCACGUCCGCACUUGAACUUGAGUUUUUGUGCCGUCAGAGAGCCGCACAGAGCCGCGCGCACACCGGGCAUGCGGGACUGCGCUGCCAGCACAAAGAGAAAAGAGGGUGACAGACCGUCCUCAGACCAGUACUGGGCUUUGACUGGAAGAGUUAAAGUCUAACCCGCCUGCCCGGCCAGCGCCGACAGUGCCCGCACGCGCAGCGACAUCUCGGGAAGAAAACUGGAUUCUUAUUUUACACACGUUCACGCACCAGUUUACGUCCAAGUCAAGUCACCUGCUUUCCGCACGCAGGACCGGACAGCAUCGGGUGGACGGACAGUGGACACAGACUCUGAGUGACCAUCAGGAGGUGACCCGCCGCGCGUCCAUCCGCUCCUCGCCGCGCCGCUCCGCUCUUUGCGCUCCUCUGAGGGAUGGAGUGAAAGCGACGGGAGGAAGAGCAGGACUACCCCCCCCCUCCUCUCCUUCACCUCCACCGCCAACCGAACAAGGGAGGCGCUCAGCCACUUUGGCACCGAGCUCCUGAGCGAGCGCCCCGGCGCCCAGCGCUGCGCCACGGCCGGUUACCGCGCAGAGCACCGAGGAGAGAUCCGCCGCGCACGGGUCAGCUGGAGGGCCGCGUUUGGGCCACUGAGUAGCGGUCAGCUUGGGGGGUGAGCAGCGAAUUUUGGGGCCAGUUUGGCCGGUUAUCGGAGCAGCCGGAGGAGGAGGAGAAGGAGAGCCGACCCUUCCAGCGCAGCUCUCCGGGCGAUGCCAGUGUAAAUGCCAGGGCGAUGUCCCGACGCAAGCAGGGGAACCCGCAGCACCUGUCCCAGAGAGAAAUCACACCAGACGUCGAGCAUCCAGAUGGCGCUCUACUUCCUGACACGUCACCCCCCCACCCGCUUGGCCUGCACCCCCACCCGCUCGGCUUCCCCCCCCACGCUUUGGACCCUGGUUUGGCCCACACACUGCCGCCCGGCCUCCACGCUGACCACGACCUGCUGACCUGCGGGCAGUGUCAGAUGACCUUCCCUCUGGGUGACAUCCUCCUCUUCAUCGAGCACAAGAAGAAGCAGUGCCAGAUGCCGCUGCUGCCCAACGGCUGCUACGACAAGAUCCACGAUCGAGGAGGAGGAGGAGGAGGGAGUCUGCAGAGUCUUCAUCACUACACCCAGCGGGGGGAGCUGAGGAAGGUGGUGGAGCCGGUGGAGAUCGGCAUCCAGGUGACGCCAGAGGAGGAGGUGGUGGAAAGAGGAGUGGAAAGAGGUGAAAGGAGGGAGAAGACACCCAUCAAAGGAAUUUGCCCAAAGCAGGAGAACACGCCGGCAGGCGGCAGAGACGAGCCCUCCAACUACAUCUGCACCACCUGCAAACAGCCCUUCCCCAGCGCCUGGUUCCUGCUGCAGCACGCCCAGAACACCCAUGGCAUCCGCAUUUAUCUGGAGUCCAACCCCUCCAGCACUGCCCUCACCCCUCGACUCACCAUGCCUCCACCCAUGGGCAACGACUCCAUCCCACAGUCCCCGCUCACCAACUUUCUGGGAGAAAACAAUCCUUUCCACCUCCUGAGGAUGACGGGGCCCCUGCUCCGGGAGCCACCCCCAGGCUUCGUGGAGAACCGCCUCCCCAACACGCCUCCAUUUGUCAGUCCACCUCCCCGCCAUCACUUGGACCCCCAUCGGCUGGAACGCCUUAGCGUGGAGGAAAUGGGCCUCAUCUCCCAGCACCCCAGUGCCUUUGAGAGGGUGAUGCGGCUAACACCGAUGGCCAUGGAGUCCCAGUCCAUGGACUUCUCCAGACGGUUGCGUGAGCUGGCAGGGAACACUAACAGCACCACACCACCACUGUCACCCGGCAGGCCCAACCCUAUGCACCGACUACUAAACCCCAACCCCUUCCAGCCGGGGCCUAAGUCGCCCUUUCUGAGCACUCCUCCUCUGCCGCCGAUGCCCCCAAACAGCACCACCCCUCCUCAGACGCAGAACAAGAUCAAGUCUUGUGAGUUUUGUGGGAAGACGUUCAAGUUCCAGAGCAACCUGGUGGUGCAUCGACGCAGCCAUACCGGGGAGAAACCGUACAAGUGCCAGCUGUGUGACCACGCCUGCUCUCAGGCCAGCAAGCUGAAGCGCCACAUGAAGACCCACAUGCACAAGGCCGGAUCCAUGACAGGCCGCUCCGAUGAUGGCCUGUCCACCACAAGCUCCCCAGAACCAGGCACUAGUGACGUCACUGGUGAGGGCAUUAAAAACCGUGACAGGGACUUCCAGGGGGAGGGCAACGAGGAGGAAGAGGAGGAGGAGGAAGAAGAGGAACUUGAGAAUGAGAGUCGACCAGAAUCGAACUUCAGCAUGGAGUCGGAGUUCUACCGUAACAGGGAGAACGGCUCCAAGCCUUCUUUGGAAGAGAAGUCAUCACUCGUCCUUGACAAGAUGGUGGACGGUGGAAGGCUCAACUCUAUACAACAGUACAAUAAUUUGAUAGUUGACAAUCGUAAAAGGAUGCCCUUCUCAAAGAGGGGCUCGGACAGCCUGCGGGACACUGGAGAUGAGGAUUCAGUGGCUGGGGAGAUGGACCACCACCAGCAGGAAGAGCGGACAACCAUAAAUGGCCGGAACUGUGGCUCCGGCGACUCUUUCUCAGGCCUAUUUCCCCGUAAGCCCACCCCCAUCACCAGCCCUGCUCUGUCCAACUCCUCAAACAAGAAGAUCAAGAUCGAGAAGGAUUUGGACAUUCCGCCAGCGCCCCACAUCCCUUCUGAGAACGUGUACUCCCAGUGGCUGGUGGGUUACGCUGCCUCACGCCACUUCAUCAAAGACCCUUUCUUAGGCUUCACUGAUUCCAGACAAUCGCCCUUCGCCACCUCCUCUGAGCACUCGUCAGAGAACGGCAGCCUACGCUUCUCCACGCCGCCGGGAGACCUGCUGGACGGCGGCUUGUCCGGCCGCAGUGGCACCGCCAGCGGGGGCAGCACGCCUCACCUAGGUGGAGGCCCCGGUCCGGGUCGCCCCAGCUCCAAGGACAGCAGGAGGUGCGACACCUGCGAAUACUGUGGCAAGGUGUUCAAGAACUGCAGCAACCUGACGGUGCACCGGCGCAGCCACACCGGAGAGAGGCCGUACAAGUGCGAGCUGUGCAACUACGCGUGCGCCCAGAGCUCCAAGCUCACCCGCCACAUGAAGACGCACGGCCAGCUCGGUAAGGAGGUCUACCGCUGUGACAUUUGCCAAAUGCCCUUCAGUGUGUACAGCACUCUGGAGAAACAUAUGAAAAAGUGGCACGGAGAACAUUUGAUGACCAGUGAGGUCAAAAUUGAACAAGCGGAGAGGGCCUGAAGCCGGCCCCUUGCUCUGCGCCACACCUGGAUUAAAAAACAGACAUAAGGGGUAGCUGGAUACUUUUAUAUUCAUUUUGGGUUAAUUUAGUGUUUUUGAUUAAAAAAAACUGCCAACUGAGAAAAAAAGAGUGAAAACAGAGAUCUUAACAACUGAAGCUGUCUAAACUGCCUCACUUGGCAUUCAUUUUUAAACAAUCAGUCCGUUGAGUUAUAAAAUAUGUGGAGCCCUUAACUGUGCAAUAAUUUCUGUAUUUAUUGGAAUUUGUAUUUUGGCAUGUACAUUUUCAUUAGACAUUUUCUUUGUUUACAUUGAUUUAGCUGUUUUGUAUUAUUUCUUUUAGCCCACACGAUAUCCUGAGAGGACAGAAAUCCAUUUUACGUCGUUUGUUUUGGCCACUGCUUGUAGGAAAUUGUAUAUUAAGCUAAUUGUGUAAUGUCUUGAAAAGAUGCUGAAUUCAAUCUUCAAUUUGAAAGCGGCGUUAACUGAGAAUACUAGAGUUAGUUUAUUUUGUGCGAUGACAUUACGCGGACAACAAUCCUCUGGCAUUGUAGCAUGGACUGACUCUAAAACAUGUCAAUGUAAUUGGAUAUGUAGCACUGAGUGUCAUGACUGACAGUAAAUCUCAAACGAAAGAGGAUCCCAAGGUUCAUAAACCCCGUCUCCUGGUGAGAGCAUUCGAACCAGCCAGAGGAAACAGACUCUCCACGCGGCAGCUGCUGACUGGUACAUAGUGCCAAGCUCCGACAACGCUACGACAACCCCUCGUUUCCCUCCUCUCCACACCACCUCCUCCCACUACGUUCACACACUCGUGCAUAAUGUUUUGCAUGAAGCCAUGCGAUCUUUAGGCUUUCUUAUUUAUCAGAAGUACUUGAGCAUGAAGCCAUGAUGAGAAUGCCUAGUGGGAGACGGAGGAUGGAGACACAGAGAGCACAGAGACAUCUCAGGGUAAAUUAUACUACUUUCCUUUAUUUACCCACUCACUCCUCCGCAGUCUGUUGGCAAACCGGUCAAACACAGGUCCAUUUUCCUCACAGUUUAAAUGUUUAAAUGUUUCAUCUUCAAUUAAAAUAAAUUUUUUUUAUGGUUUUUUUAAACACACGUGCACAAUUGGAAGAAAUUUCUGCUGAUAACUUUACUGAUAUUUAUUUUUUAAAUGGAAUAAAAUCAGCAUCCCUAUGCAUUUUGUGCUGAAAUAUAUUACAAUGAAUAUAAAUGAUAUUAGGAGUAAAUCUGGACAUGCAAUGUUAGUAGUUUAAGAUUUAGCAAAUAAUAAAACCACUUUAGCAACGCUGUUUGUCUCAUAUAUAUCACCAAUUCGCUUCAUUUUAAAUUCAUUGGUUUUUCCCCUCCAGCUUCAUGAUGGCAGUGUGUUUUUUUUUAUAUUUUAUUUACACAAUUUAUUUCCUGACGAGAUAAAAAAAAAGCCACACCAAACCGGCACUUUACGUCUCCUCCAUCCGACAUGCAGAUGGCGGCCAGAAAAAGGGGCGGAGCUUGGGAUCUCCUGAUGCUGAAGUGCCAGGAUUGUUAGCUAAGCUUUCCCAAUGCUGGCACUAUAAAAAUCCAGUAAAUAAUAAUUUAUUUGGGACAGUUUUUGUGCUGCCAUUCAAUUUGACAUGAGUGUGCCUUGAAUAACGAUCUUCCUAUUUAUUGUCUCAGACAAAUGCAACACUUUUUAUGAAGCAUCAAUUUGAAAACGAGGGAAAAAUAAAUAAAAACUGCGUUUAAUGUGUAAUUUGACUUUGACAGAAAUAAUGAAUAAAAGGAAAUUACCCAGCACAAUAUUAAUGUGUCUGUGUGUGUAUAUAUGUAUGCAUAUGUACAUAUAAAGGCACAAACUUAUAUAUAGAUCUAUAAUAAAUUUCUCACUCACAUGGACGCGAGUUUGUCCCAAAAGAAAAAAUUCCAGGAGUGAAGGAAGAGGCUGGACAAAAAUCAGGAAACCGCAGAAACUAGAGCAGAAUUUAGUGCACUCUGUCUUAAAUACGUUUACAGUAUUGAUACAAGUACAAAGGGUGAAAAUAUUUGUGUGUGUGUGUGUGUGUGUGUGUUUUAACUUUUUUUUCAGGUUUGCUUUUAAACUUUUUCUGAACGCCGAAGUGGCAGCGUGUACAUUUUUUUAUGAUUUUUUUGUGACGGGUUUUAGUAUAUAUAUAAAUAUAUAUAAAUAUAUAUGACAUUUUUCUUGUUUACUGUAAAAGUAUAGCAGUAUUUGUAAUAUUGGAGAAUGCCUGGGCAUUUCAUAAAAAUAUAAAAAAUGCUGUUUUUUAUUUUUGUUAUUUUUAUUUUGCAGUCCAAUUUAAAUUGUGGGUCUCUUAAACGUUUCUUUUAUCAAUGUAACUGUAAAAGUCUUCAGUUUUAGUAACUUUUCUUCUGCCUUGGGUGUAACGAAAUAAAAAAUAAAGAGCUGAAAAAAAUGACUGGGCUGUAACAAACUUGGAUUGGGUGGUUUUGGGGGCUUUUGAGGGUUUUGGGGGACCUGGUUUCUGGAUGCAGGGUGGAGCCUUGGUUCUGGUUUUCAGAAAAAACACUGAAUCCUGACUUGUAUCUAUUUUUUCUUCUUCUGGAAUGGAUUAUUCUUCGUGGAUGGUUUGAAAUACGUGUUUAGGCCACUUGCUGUCUUUCCUACGGAGCUUUUCUAACUUGUAGGCUGUUUGCAUCCCUCGUGGAUCUGGUACUCUGAGUACCUUGUUGCUCUUAUCUGGGUGCAGGGGGAGGAAGGUGACUUUAUUCCAAUCCAACUCACCGGCUGCCACAAUCUGUUUGUCCAAACAGAACCUGAUCACUUUGUACUGUUCUAAUGACUCAUGCUGUACAGAAUGGGAUGAAUUAAAGGUUGUUAAACAGCCUUUUAGGGACAAAAUCACAACUUGAUGUUUUGUUUUUCUCCAUUGGAUGUACAUAGUUUUCUAUGACGACGCUGUUUUUAUUUUGUUUGUGAUUUCUAGCCCGCCUCCAUGUGGGGGGGCGGGUGGGGUUUUCUGUUUUCAAGCCUCACCUGCAUGAGAGCAGAGCACAAAUACAAGCUGUUAAAAAUGUCCUCCGUGUGUCUCCUUUUGUUCUUGGAGCUGGUUUGACAGAAAGGGACUACGGAAACAUCUCAACACAGAAGUCUUCUCAUGCACUUCGGUCAUUUGUCAAGUUCUGAGAAGAUGGAGGCAGAACGUUUAACUGCUGCUGGACUGGACCACAGGAACCACCAUCACAUGAACACCUGCCAGAUGAUCCCAUAAAACGUCCAACUGCUUUCAUCUUUCCACGAAGCAGCAGCGGGAUAAACACGUUUCUGUUAUCUCAGGAUGUUUGGACGCAGAGGGGAGGGGCUGGGGGCGGGGCUUAUUGGCGCACAGUGUGAUGCUGUUUGUGAUGUGGCUUUAUUUGAAAACAUCAACGAACUCUCGUAGGCUGCAGCGUGUGUUCUCUAUGAUGUAACUGAGGUACAGCUGGUGGAUUUCAUUGGCUGGUUCCAGUAAACAUGACGUUCAGACUCA